AGUAAAGUUUCGUCUUUCAACUCCAGUUGAACUAACUUGGUAAACUCGUGAUAAUUUAAUUUUUCUCUGCAUUGAAAUUUAUAAAAAUCUCAAGUAAACAUCUUGAAAAUUUGGUUUCCAAGUUAGUCGGUUUGUGCUGUUAACUCCGUCAUUUGUCGUAGCUUAAAGCUUCAUCACUAUUUUUAAAAAAGUUAUCAAAAAUCGCAUGAAAGUCACAAAAGAAAUUUUAUGAUACUCGUCACGUUCAAGUGAAAUUUUCUCAUUUAAUUCAAAAGUUUCAAGAAUUCCUGUAGAAGGAUAUACAGCUGGUCAGUUAGCCCUGUUUAGCAGGGGCACUGGCCACGACGGAAGGCUCAACUUCUUUUUACUGCUGCUGAACGGUGAUCCGCCGUGGUGAAAAGAAUUAAUUCUUGUGGCGACCGGCUGCCUUUUUAUUUAUCAAAUCAAGGAAAUUCAACGCAAUUCUCGGCUUACGAUUUAGGACACUUCUUCGGAUUCGAUUAGAACAAGAAAAGGUUUUUUAUUUCUCUCUUAAAAGAUUUCAAAAUUUCAAAGCAAGAAACGACAAUGAAAUUCAUUAAUCAAGAAGAUCGCAUUCAAGUGAUCGAUGGUGAGACAAACGAUAUGAACAUCAUCAAUGACAUCACUGGCUUUGGUACGACAAACCAAGAUGAGCCGUUUUAUGUCUUCAACAUCGGUGACAUUGUAAAGAAGCAUCAAAUUUGGAUUGAAAAGCUUCCGAGAGUCAUUCCACAUUAUGCUGUUAAAUGUAAUGACAACGAAGUUGUUCUUGCAACUCUCGUCGCUCUUGGAACAUCAUUCGAUUGUGCAUCGAAAGCUGAAAUUAAUAAGAUUCUCAAUCUUGGAGUUCAUCCUGAACGAAUCAUCUUUGCGAAUCCAACCAAACAAAAAUCUCAUAUUCGAUUUGCAGCAAUGAUGGGAGUUAAAACGAUGACAUUUGAUUGUGACAUUGAAUUGCAUAAGAUUAAAGCAAUUUGUCCUGAUGCUAAUUUGGUUCUCCGCAUUCGAUGUGAAGCUGAAGACGCUCAAUGUCCACUUGGCAAGAAGUUCGGCUGCGAUCCAUCAACUGAAGCCGUAAAACUUCUGAAAAUUGCUCGCAAUUUGAACUUGAAUGUCAUUGGGAUAAGUUUCCAUGUUGGAUCAGGAUGUCGUGAUUAUCCAAUUUAUUACAAAGCGAUUGGAAUUUGCAAGAAUCUCUUUGAAGAAGCAGAAGCUCUUGGAUUCAACAUGACAUUGCUAGACAUUGGUGGUGGCUUUCCUGGUGACAACGACAAGAAUAUUGACGAAGUUGCGAUGAUUGUUAAUCAAGGUUUAGACACUUACUUUGCAGAAAAGAACGUUCGUGUCAUUGCUGAACCAGGAAGAUUUUAUGUUUCUUCAGCUUUCACUCUCGUCACGAACAUCCAUUCAAAGAAGAAUAUUUACGACGAGACAACUGACGACGUCAAUAACGUCAUGUACUACAUCAACGACGGUGUUUAUGGAUCAUUCAAUUGCUUGCUUUAUGAUCAUCAACUUGUCAAGCCAAUUUUACUGCAAAAACCUGACGACGAUGCAAAGAAAAUUCCCAGCACAAUUUGGGGUCCGACAUGUGACGCAUUGGAUCAAAUUGUCGUUGACAUUCCCAUGCCUGAUGUCAACAUCGGUGAUUUUAUCAUUUUUGAGAACAUGGGAGCUUACACAAUUCCCGUUGCAUCGCCUUUUAAUGGCUUUCCAUUGCCAAAAGUGUUUUGCUUCAUCUCACGCGAUGUUUGGCUGAUGAUUCGUUCACUCAUUCCACUUGAUGCUGAUGACUUUAUUGAAGACUUCUUGAACAAGACGAUUGAACAUGCAAUCGUUUCUGCUUGAUUUUAUAUUUCAUUUUAUUCAACUUUUUUUUUCUUUCUUUUUUGAUUAAUAUUCAGUGAAUGGAAUCGUUCAUUAAAUGUUGAGAUUAAAUCGACUUUUAAGAUUUAUUUUUAAUUUCUCAUUGAAGACAUUUAAUGUUCGAUGUUUUCCACCACAUUUAUAUUUCCAAAACUAUUUCUUUAUCUUUAUUUUAAUUCAUUCUUUUAAUGGGAAGAGAUUUGACGAUGGGCAAAAGAUUGUGAAACUUUAGAAGAAUUAUGACAUAAAUUUGCUUGAUUUAAUAAAUAAAGAGGCAGCCAGAAACGCCUCUAUUAAUGUUAGGAGUAGAAA